AAGAUAAUCGCACGGGGCUGGUCGAUCUGGUUCGAAUAUUUGCUACCACCCCUCGAAAGAAAAAGUCCAAGAAGGACCCACCGUCGGGGGCAAGAACCAAGGUCUUCGAAGACUUGGACUAGGAACAGUCAAGGAAUCAGCUCAGACAAGACGGAUUCCGUGCAUUUGCAGAGAAUUCAUCGCCACUUUCAUCUCCCGAUUUCCUCCGGUCAUAUACCGUCAGUUCCCCAUAGAUUGAACUGAAAAGAAUGGUGACCCCGCCUCCAAACGACUCCAAGAACCCCAUCGCUGUGGCCAAGGUGGUGCUGUCUGCCGUGGCCUCCAUGACGGCCUCCGUGAUGGUGGUGCAGUCGGUGGUUCGACCAUUCAUUCCCCCCGAAUUCCAGGGCUUCCUCUUCUCUGGGAUCCGCGGCUUCUUGUCUCGCUUCCGCAAUGAAAUGACCAUGGUCAUCGAACAGUACGAUGGGUACGCCCAGAACGAGCUCUUUCGGGCGGCCCAGGUUUUCCUGGCCGCCAAGCAAUCCCUUUCGAUGACGCGCAUGCGAGUGACCAAGUCCCCGAAGGAGGACCACUUCAAUCUGGCUAUGGACCGGAAUCAAAUGCUGGUGGAUACGUUUCACGGCGUCAAGCUCAAGUGGGUUUUCGUGUCGAGACAGGUCGACUCGGGCCACCAAGUUCAUCAAGGCUCAACGGUUCAGCACGAAGUUCAGUACUUCGAGCUCAGUUUUCUCAAGAAACACAGGGAGAUCGUGGUCAAAUCCUAUCUGCCUUUCCUCAUCGACGAGGCCAAGUCCAUAAAGCAGGGGAAGAAGACGUUGAAGCUAUACACUCCGGGCUCCAACGGUCCUUACCCAGGUGCGUCAGGUGUGUGGUCCCCAGUGAACCUCGACCAUCCGGCGACAUUCCAAACACUGGCCAUGGACCUGGAGCUCAAGAAGAAGAUCAUGGAUGAUCUCGACAGGUUUGUGAGAAGGAGGGAGUACUACAGGAGAGUUGGCAAGGCAUGGAAAAGAGGGUACUUAUUGUAUGGACCCCCUGGAACGGGGAAAUCGAGUUUGGUCGCUGCGAUGGCCAAUUACUUGAACUUCGACAUAUACGACCUAGAACUGAGCGGGCUCCGGAGCAAUGCGGAUCUUAGGAGGCUGCUCGUCGCGACCAUGAAUCAAUCCAUAUUAGUGGUUGAGGACAUCGAUUGCACCAUUCAGUUGCAAGAUAGGAAGUCGGAAACACAAGCCGCCAACAUGAAUUUGAUGUCGACCGGUUAUAAGCGACAAGAUCGAGUGACAUUGUCUGGAUUCCUCAACUUCAUUGACGGGCUAUGGUCGAGUUGUAGUGAUGAGCGGAUCAUAGUUUUCACGACAAACCACAUUGAGAAAUUAGACCCAGCCCUAUUGCGGCCAGGGCGCAUGGACUUGCACAUUCCCAUGUCUUAUUGCACCCCUUGCGGGUUUAGGCUUCUCGCUUCUAAUUAUCUCGGGAUCGAUCACCAUGAGCUCUUUGGCCAGAUCGAGAGUGUGAUCACAACAGCCAGAGUCACUCCAGCCGAAGUAGCGGAGCAGUUGAUGAAGUGCGACGAACCGGAGGUCGCUCUUGGGGACAUGGUUUCAUUCCUCAUUAAUCACAAGAGAAAAAGAAAAUGAAGAAGUCAUUGAGGAGAGAGUUGGUCGGUCCCAAUUGGUUGAAGAGAAUGGAAGGCGUGAAGAAGAAAGCAGCGAGUGCGAACUAUUGGAAGAAUAAACAAUAUAUCAACUGUGUUGGUACGUUUCCAUCGAUUUUAACUUAGACAAUUAUGAAGAUCUUGAUUAUUAUGGAUUCAAUCACAAAAGCGAUCGAUGGAAAGCUAUCGUGUAUUCAUCCGAAUUAUUAAUAAUCUGAGUCCAAUGGUAAAAUCAUGUGAUCAAAUGGAGUAAAUGAACUCAAUUUAUAUGAUUUA